AUGGGGAUCUGUGGGUCCUCUGUCGUUCACCAAGACGGCGCGACGACUCUGCGGCGAGGACCUGACCAGGCCCGCCGAAAGCGCGACGCCCGUGAGCUGCGGCGACUUCCAGCUGCUUCCCCCACGCUUCCUCACGCCCGUUCAUUUCUACGACUCCAAGGACAUCUUCGCCCCGGGGGAGGGCAGGGACUUCGCCAAGAGAUUCAACGGCACGUACGUCCUGCACACGUUCACCAGCCUCAGCAAGGACAUCGGCUUCCGCGCGGGGUCCGAGAGCCACUUCGACGUCGCGGCCAGACUGUCCUGCCCGAUCACCUACGAGCUCCUCUUAAAGAACGCGACUGCUGUCUAGCUGCAGAAAUAGGGUCGUGUUCAUUUAUUUACUCAGGAGGACGAGGAUACAGACUCUUCGACCUUGAGCCUCCUGAGAUCUGA